GAGAUCUGACCGUAAUCUCGCUGCCAGCAGCGGCUGAAACGGGUCGAAGACACCGCUGAAUCCACGGAGUCAAGGUGUCCAAGAUCCAACCUAGAACUAAGUUCACCGAGGAGUAAAACCGUGGGGACAGCGGGUCCAACAGACUGGAGGAAGCUGUGGAGAAACAUCGGGUCUUUUUGAAGGAAUAAUCUCAGAUUACGAAGAGGAACUGUCGAGUUGGAGAGAAAAUGAGCGCAGUGUUUCCUGCAGAUGUUCAGCAGACUCUGCUGAUCAGAGGAGAUGCUCCUGAGGAAUGGAGGCCUGAUGUGGACCAGCAGGACCCAGAACUCCUCCACAUCAAGGAGGAAGACGAGGAUUUCUGGACCAGAUUGGAGGGAGAGCAGCUCAGUGCGAAGGAGGAGACUGAUGCCAGCAGGUUCUCAUUCACUGCAGUUCCUCUGAAGAGUGAGGAUGAUGAAGAGAAGCCUCUGUUUUCACAGCUUCAUCAGCAGGAUCCAGGGCCCCUCCACAUCAAGGAGGAACAGGAGGAAGUCUGGACCAGUUUAGAGGGAGAUCAGCUCAAUGUGAAGGAGGAGACUGAUGUCAGCAGGUUUUCAUUCACCACAGUUCCUCUGAAGAGUGAGGAUGAUGAAGAGAAGCCUCUGUUCUCACAGCUUCAUCAGCACCAAAUGGAGGACAGAGAUGUUCCAACCAGCAGCUCAGCUGACCAGAUGAAAGUAGAAGCUGAUGGAGAGGACUGUGGAGGAGCAGAAACCAUCAGGAACCCAGAUCUAAAUCCUCAUGGAGAUGCUUCCAGCUCUUCAGAGACUGAAGUCAGUGAGGAUGAUGAAGAGGACAAGGAUGGGAACAGUCCUGACUCUCAGCUGGAACACUUGUCAGACUCUGGGUCAACAACUGAGGACGGUGACAAAGACUGGAAGGAGAGCAGAGCUCCUGAGUCAGCUGUAAACUCUGUCAACAAAUGUUUCAGCUGCUCUGAGUGUGGUAAACAAUUUCUGCACAACCAGUCUCUUCAGAGACACUUGACAUGUCAUUCAACAGGAAGACAUUCAAGUUGUUUGGAUCAGAAGAAAAAUGUAGAGUCAUACUGGAAAGUCCAGACAGGACCAAAAUCAUUUAGUUGUGAUGAAUGUGGUAAAAUAUUUUACAGAAAAGCACAUUUAGAAAUACACAUGCGAGUCCACACAGGAGAGAAACCAUUUGCAUGUGAGCGUUGUGGACAAAGAUUUAGUGAGAAAAAAAGUGUAGUCUCACACAUGAGAGUUCACACUGGACAGAAACCAUUUGAAUGUGAGUUUUGUGGACACAGAUGUAGCCAGAAAACAAAUUUAAACAGACAUAUGCGAGUCCACACCGGCCAAAAACCAUUUGAAUGUGAGAUUUGUGGACAAAAAUUUACCCGGAAGUCCAGUUUAAACAUUCACACGAGAGUCCACACAGGACAAAAAUCAUUUAAAUGUGAGGUUUGUGGACAAAGGUAUACCCAUAAAAGUAGUUUAAUCCCGCACAUGAGAGUCCACACGGGACAAAAUCCAUAUGAAUGUGAGUUUUGUGGACAAAGGUUUAGGCAGAAGUCAAAUUUAAACUUUCACGCAAAAGUCCAUACUGGACAGAAACUUCUUAAAUGUGAGUGUUGUGGACAAAGGUUCAGCCAUGAGAUAACUUUAAACUUACACAUGACUGUCCACACGGGACAGAUACCAUUUGAAUUUGAGGAUUGUUGACAAUUGUUUAGUCAUUUAAAUUUAUUUUUUAAACUGUGGCACAGUU